AUGUCUUCUCACAAGAUAUUCAGGGUCGAGCAAUUCCUGACCAAGAAACAAAAGCAGAAUGGUCCCAUUCCCCAGUGGAUUUGGAUGCAAACUGGUAAGAAAGUCAGGUUCAACUCCGAGAGAGGGCACUGGAGGAGAACGAGGCUGGACCUGUAA